AUGUACAAUUUGAGCUGCUACAACCCCAGCUCCUUUACUCUUGUUGGAAUACCUGGCCUAGAGAAGUUCCACAUGUUGACGGGGAUUCCCUUUUUUGUCAUCUAUGCUGUGGCUACUAUGGGCAAUAGCAUCCUCCUCUAUCUCAUUGCAGCUGAGCACAGCCUCCACGAGCCCUUGUUUUUCUUCCUCUCUUUGCUAACCAUCAGCAACCUCAUCUUGUCCACUGCCACAGUGCCCAAACUACUCAGUAACUUCUGUCUUGGCUCCCAAGAAAUAACCUUCUUUGGUUGUCUCACUCAGAUGUUCUUUCUGAACUUCAGCUUUGUAGUGGACUCUGCCAUCCUGCUGACCAUGGUGUUUGAUUGCUAUAUGGCCAUCUGCUUUCCCCUGGGAUAUUCCACCAUUCUCACUCCACAGAUGGUCAUCAAGUUUGCAGUGAGCAUCAUUGUGAAGAGCUCUUCUGUCAUUCUGCUGGCCAUUUUUCUUCUCCUGAUACCCUAUAGCAGGACACAUGUCAGCCCACACACAUACUGUGAGCAUAUAGGUGUCUCAUGUCUGUCCUCUGUUGACAUCUCUGUCAACAUCUGGUAUGGAUUUUGUGUACCUGUCAUGACUGCCAUCUCAGAUGUGAUCUUCAUUGCCGUUUCCUAUGCCUUCAUCCUCCAUGCUGUCUUUCAGCUUUCGUCCCAGGGUGCCCGCCAAAAGGCCCUCAGUACUUGCGGCUCCCAUGUGUGUGUUAUCCUCAUGUUUUACACACCUGCCUUCUUCUCCAUCCUUGCUCAUCGCUUUGGGCACAGUGUCCCGAGAAAUGUGCUCAUCCUAUUUGCUAACCUCUAUGUGUCCAUCCCUUCCACUCUAAAUCUUGUAGUUUAUGGAGUGAAGACAAAGCAGAUCAGGGACAAAUUUAUUCUCCUCUUUUUUUUUGUAGAAGUCACAAUGAGUAAACACUGA